AUUUUCAUUCUCAACUGAAUAUCACUUGAAUUUUUCGACUUUCGAAAUAGCUCGUCUCGAUAUCUUUGCGACAAGAACUCAAACCUCUGACCAAAUUUUGAUACUGGGCUUAUUUGCCAAUUUGUCGCCAAAAUGAACGCUCCCGACCGAUUCGAGCUGUUUCUCCUGGAGCCGGGAGAGGAGAAACUGACCGAAACCAUCAACACAUCCAUGUCAAACACGUCAGACUUUACGUUCAAAAAGGAAGACCACACAUUGGGCAACAUGCUCACCGAGCACCUCAAGCAGCACCCCAAUGUUCUGAUGGCAGGCUACAAAGUUUCUCACCCUAACGUGCCCGAGUUCUUCCUGCGCAUCCAGACUGACGGCAAGGUGACGCCCAAGGCGUGCUUGCUGGACGCCUGCCGCACGAUCCUGCACAGUCUCGGCCAGAUCAGGACCGAGUUCACGCGGGAGUUCGAGCUCAGGAGGAUGGUUGCAGCCGGCGAGCAGCAGCAGAACGGAGAGCAUGGCCAUGGGCUCUAGAAGGCUCCUAAACUUUAAGCUUCACCUGUUCUUUUUUUCGGCUGGCGGGAGUUGAGGGCUGGGGGAAUAUGGCUCAAGAACUAAAGCACGUAUAUCAUGAUGUAGGCGUUUUGGGGGAGUUUCUGCAUUUCUUCUCUGGCUGGUCAAUUAGAGGCUGCCUGAAUUUCACUUUCUGUGUUUGUGAUUUUGCGGAUUUGGUGCCCCGGCGGAUGUAUGCAGGCAGUCUUAGUUCGAGGGCCAUAACACUUCGGACUGGCCGGGACAUCUUGAAUCGAUGACCAGACAUUCAA